AUGCCAAUUUAGAAUGCUUUAAUAAUAUUUAGUUAUUUGCUUCCUGCUUCAAUAAGUGUUCUAUAUAUUUUAGGAAUGGCAGCAAGGUUCUAUGAUUUACACUCUAAUAUUCAAGCUGAGCCAAUCCCUUUUAAUUAUUCAAUUAUUUUGCGGAUUACACUAUUAACUUUAGAUAUUAGUAAAUUUAUUAACUACUCAGAGCUGCUGAAUUCAUUGAAUUUAUUCUAAUGAUUAUUUAAGAUGGCCAUUAGAAUUAUUUCAUCUCUGGAGUACUCUUUGUUAACAUUUCAGCUAUUAUUAUGCAAAUCAUUUUAAUGGUAUGGUUUAAUUUAAUUUUAGAGUUAUGAAUACAAGAAAUAAGUACCUCUGUUUUUUGCUCAUAAAAUUUAUUGGGUAUUAAAUUGGCUAUUUUUAAGUAUCACUUUCACAUUAAUCAUUAUAAAUGUAUUAUUUUACUUUACAACAGAAUGGAUAUAAAGUUGAAUAUUCUUUGCUUCUUUUUCGAGUUGCUGAUUAUACCUUCCUUAUUAUCUUUACUAUUUUCAUUAGAAGAUAGGAUCUUGCAGAAUUUGAAGCCCUAGGUUUUUGGAGAAACCAAUUACCAAUGAUAGAUUUAUCAGAAUCUUAAAGACCAAGAGUUUCUACUGUCAAUAGUAUUCUAAAAAUUUAAUUUAGAUAUAUAGAGCUCGUUUUUCUUAAAAAUAGUAGUGAAAAAAUAAUGGAGCAUUCUUGAUGAUGAUAUUGAAGUUAAAUUAGAAAUGUAAUUAUAUUUCUUAUAACUUUAAAGUAUUAUUGUUGGAGCAGAUAAGUAAUACAAAUUAAAAAAAAAGAUUUCUGAAAUCUUCCAUCAUCAUUAGCAAUAUGUAUUUGAGAAUAAUGAUUAUUUUGAACUUCAUUCUAAUGAUUUAUUAUAAAUGAAUUUCAUAAUAAAAUAGAUACAAGAGAGUUAGGAUUUACUAUUAAUUAAUUAUAUAUAAAGAUACUUUGACUUUAUUAUAAGUAAAUUAGAAUUGAUCACACCUUGCUUUGUUGACUUCAUACAAUUAUAACUUUCUGAGAGAUAACUUAUUGAAGAAAUGAAAUUAGCAAAUUCUACUCAAAAUCUACAUAAAUCAUCUAUAUUAGUUAGAAAAAUUCAAACAAAUAAGAAAUACAAAUGGGAUAUACAAUCAUAAUACUUGCCUUAUUUAGAUAUCAAAAUUACUGAAUUUCAAACUAUUAAAAAUCUUACUGAAACAUAUGUACAAUAUACAAUGAUGACAUAAUUUGAAGAUGAAACUCUUAUGGUUUAAAGAAGAUUCAAGGAAUUCUAUGAAUUUAGUGAGAUUUUGAAAAAUAUCAUUGAAGUCAAAAGUUUUCCUCCAUUUCCUCAAAAAUCAUUAAUAAAGAUGUCAAAUGAAGAAAUAGAAGAGAGAAAAUAAGACUUAGAGAUUUUUAUGAAAAUAUUACUUAAUGACAGAUAAUAUCAUGUCUCUGCUCUAUUUAAAUUCAUUGGAAUGUCUCAAUAUUUAAUAGAUCAAAUUAAAAAUUUAUAAGUUAAAGUCAUUAAAGAGAGUGAAUUAAUAAAAAAAUUACAAAUUAAAAAUACAGGAUUUGAAGAGGUUGUAGGAAAAGAUAAUGAAAAAUUCAUAAGAUACUCAUUUACGAUUGGAAGUGGUGAUUCAAAACACAUAAUUUGGAAAAGAUUCAGUUAAUUUGAUGAACUACAUAGUCUAUUAAAAUAAAGGUAUAAGAAUUUAUUAAUUUUAUUUAAAGAUAUCCCUUACUUCCAUAAUUACCUUAUAAGACUACUGCAGCAUUAUAAUAGAUUAACCCAAUUAUUAGAUCUGUAAAUCUAUAAUAAUAUUUACUUGAUCUAAUAAAAGUACCAACAAUAGGUGAAAAUGGUCAUCUAAGAUAAUUUCUAGAGAUAAGAAACUUUGAAAAUAAUAUGAAUUAAUCAGGAUUUGGAGGAUCUAUUUCUUAAUUUGAUAACAUUUUGUAAAAAUUAGAUAAUAAUAAUUAAGAUAUAGAGUAAUUGGAAAAUAUGCGCAACAGAAUAUGGUAAUGA